AGCCGAGCGGCGGGCGGGCGGCGGGAUCCGACGUCUGCGCUGGACCCUGUCGACUGAACCCAGCGCGGCGGCUGCUAGGGCGGCGCGGCCCCGGCGCUGGGCCAGGACGCAGAGGCGAGCAGGGACCAGCGGGCGGCCGGCCGCGCAGGAAGAUGGGGAACCGGGAGAUGGAGGAGCUGAUCCCGCUGGUGAACCGUCUGCAGGACGCCUUCUCGGCGCUGGGACAGAGCUGCCUGCUGGAGCUGCCGCAGAUCGCCGUGGUGGGCGGCCAGAGCGCCGGCAAGAGCUCGGUGCUCGAGAACUUCGUGGGCAGGGACUUUCUCCCUCGAGGGUCAGGCAUCGUAACGAGACGGCCUCUUGUGCUGCAGCUUGUUACUUCCAAAGCAGAAUAUGCUGAAUUUCUACAUUGUAAAGGAAAAAAAUUUACAGAUUUUGAUGAAGUUCGCCAUGAGAUUGAAGCAGAAACAGAUCGAGUGACUGGAAUGAAUAAAGGCAUUUCCUCCAUACCCAUUAAUUUACGAGUCUAUUCCCCACAUGUGUUAAAUCUAACCCUUAUUGACCUACCUGGAAUUACGAAAGUGCCUGUGGGAGAUCAGCCUCCAGAUAUUGAGUAUCAGAUCAGAGAAAUGAUUAUGCAGUUCAUCACACGGGAGAACUGCCUGAUUCUAGCUGUGACCCCGGCCAACACUGAUCUUGCAAACUCAGAUGCAUUGAAGCUAGCUAAAGAAGUCGAUCCUCAAGGUCUAAGAACCAUUGGAGUCAUUACCAAACUGGAUCUUAUGGAUGAAGGAACAGAUGCCAGGGAUGUUCUAGAGAACAAGCUGCUGCCUCUUCGCAGGGGUUACGUGGGGGUUGUAAACAGAAGCCAGAAGGACAUAGAUGGAAAGAAGGACAUUAAAGCUGCCAUGUUGGCAGAAAGGAAAUUUUUUCUCUCGCACCCGGCUUACAGACAUAUUGCUGAUCGGAUGGGGACCCCACACCUGCAGAAGGUCCUUAAUCAGCAACUCACGAACCACAUUCGAGAUACCCUGCCAAACUUCAGGAACAAACUACAGGGACAGUUGCUCUCCAUAGAACAUGAAGUGGAAGCCUAUAAAAACUUCAAGCCGGAAGACCCCACCAGGAAGACCAAGGCACUGCUACAGAUGGUUCAGCAAUUUGCUGUGGACUUUGAGAAGAGAAUUGAAGGGUCAGGGGAUCAGGUCGAUACCCUGGAGCUCUCAGGGGGUGCUAAGAUCAAUCGUAUCUUCCAUGAACGCUUUCCUUUUGAGAUAGUAAAGAUGGAGUUCAAUGAGAAAGAAUUGCGAAGAGAAAUAAGCUAUGCAAUCAAAAACAUACAUGGUAUCAGGACAGGGUUGUUUACUCCAGACAUGGCCUUUGAAGCAAUAGUCAAAAAACAAAUCGUAAAGCUGAAAGGGCCUUCCUUGAAGAGUGUAGAUCUGGUAAUACAAGAAUUAAUCAACACCGUCAAGAAGUGUACCAAAAAACUGGCAAACUUCCCCAGACUCUGCGAGGAAACGGAAAGGAUUGUUGCUAACCACAUUCGAGAGCGAGAAGGGAAGACGAAGGACCAGGUACUGCUAUUGAUUGACAUCCAAGUCUCCUACAUCAACACCAACCACGAAGAUUUCAUCGGCUUCGCAAAUGCUCAGCAGAGGAGCAGUCAGGUUCACAAGAAAAACACAAUUGGAAAUCAGGGAACCAAUCUUCCGCCUUCAAGGCAAAUUGUGAUUCGCAAGGGGUGGCUAACCAUCAGCAACAUUGGCAUCAUGAAAGGAGGCUCCAAGGGUUACUGGUUCGUCCUUACUGCUGAAAGCUUGUCCUGGUAUAAAGAUGAUGAGGAAAAAGAAAAGAAGUAUAUGCUCCCCUUGGACAACCUGAAAGUGCGAGAUGUGGAAAAGAGCUUUAUGUCUAGCAAGCAUAUCUUUGCGCUCUUUAAUACUGAACAAAGGAAUGUUUACAAAGACUAUCGCUUCCUCGAGCUGGCAUGUGAUUCACAGGAGGAUGUAGACAGCUGGAAGGCAUCUCUACUAAGAGCUGGGGUUUAUCCUGAUAAAUCUUUAGGGAACAACAAAACUGAAAGCGAUGAGAAUGGCCAAGCAGAAAACUUUUCGAUGGACCCGCAACUGGAGAGGCAAGUGGAGACCAUUCGCAACCUCGUAGACUCCUACAUGUCUAUUAUCAACAAAUGUAUCCGAGAUCUAAUUCCAAAAACGAUAAUGCACCUUAUGAUCAAUAAUGUUAAAGAUUUCAUCAAUUCAGAGCUCCUAGCACAGUUAUAUUCUUCAGAGGACCAAAAUACUCUGAUGGAGGAAUCUGCUGAGCAGGCUCAGCGCCGGGACGAGAUGCUUCGAAUGUACCAGGCCCUUAAAGAAGCCCUUGUGAUCAUUGGCGACAUCAACACCGCCACUACGUUCACCCCAGCGCCGCCACCGGUGGACGACUCCUGGAUACAGCACUCCCGCAGGUCGCCCCCUCCCAGCCCCACCACCCAGCGGAGGCCGACGCUCAGCGCCCCGCUCGCUCGGCCCACGGCCGGCCGAGGGCCCGCGCCCGCCAUCCCCUCCCCGGGGCCCCACUCGGGGGCGCCCCCGGUCCCCUUCCGGCCCGGCCCGUUGCCUCCUUUCCCCAGCGCCAGCGACGCGCUCGGAGCGCCGCCGCAGGUCCCGUCCCGGCCCACGCGGGCCCCGCCCAGCGUCCCCAGACUUCAUUGCUCCACUCACUGAAGUGUUACGAGAGUAAGAUGGAAGUGAGUAUGUCAUUGAACACCUGGAUGAGUGGCUAAAAAAUAGUCCCACAGAGAGUAGGGUACCGAGCUAACCUCACAGUCCCAUGGCUUGCUGUAAUGUUGAGUUCAUUACCAGUCCAGUUAGAAAGAGGAAAUUAAAGUGUCGACUUCUGUUGGAAACCCAGUGGGAAAGCUUCAUUUGGCCUGCUGUUUUCCUACUAACAGAGCUGCUCGUUGCAAUGGAGAGUUUACUGUAUCUUCUCUAACAGUAAGUCAUCCAGAGAGGCCGAGGUCAAAAGGAAGCACAACUCUGGACCCUUAUUUCACAACCCAUGGGCCUGACAAGAUGCAACCCAGGCUAGAGAUGUGGGGAAAGAUCCAGCAAACCAAAUCUUAUUUACCCUGGACCCAGUUCAGAAUAAAUCAGCACUUCAGUUGCACCUAACUCUGAGACAGAGGGAAAUCCCACAGAAUGCUGGGGCCACCAUGGACCAGACCCAGGCUCAGGUUUCCCUGGGCCUAGAAAGGCUAUCACAUGAGAAUAUUCACCUGGAGCAAAUUCUUAUUUACAAAUCCUUGUCUCCAAGAUCGACACUUAACGUUUUCUGCAUUGUAAUUGCAUUGUUCAUUUGAUCUCAUCACCUUCUAAUUUCCUUCAUCUUAAAAAAAUUUCACCUGUCACGCUUCUGUAUCAGCUCUCUCUCCCCCUAUGGAGUUUUCACAACAUUUAUUGAAAUCUUUGGAAAUUACCCAGUGUCACAAAAUCAGGGUUAGGAAACAAAUACUCAAGUUAUAAAGGUAUUUGGCUCUAGGGCUGUUGCCAGUUCUCCUGAAUAUGAUUUCAUGGAUUUAUCAUUUCAUGGUACAAAAUAAAAGAUUUUGGAGUGGGCGCCAAUGGAUCAUACCUAGCACCCUGCUGGGAGCCAAGGAAAGUCCUGAGAAUUGCUGACCUUGCCGUGUGGUAUUCCCUCAUUUCCUCUGCAUGCCUGCACGUCUCUGUGUCUGAUUUGAAUUUGACUUUUGUGGGAUAUUUUUGCAUGCUCUUAUUUGGAUUUGUUUUAUAAUUUACGCAUUGUUUUCUUCCUUUGCAUCUGUGUUUUUCUUUUUGUUAUUUUGUUUUGUUUUGUUUUGUUUUCACUAGGCGACCCCCUCCUGCCGUUCCAGGACGACCAUCCUAACCCCCAUCAUUCAUCUCCUUUUGUUUCCAACAACAUGUCUACCGUGGUAUUUAAAAGCCUCUCAUUUGCACUAUAUUGUCAUAUGUACAUAAAAGCUUUUAUUUUUGAUCCAUGUCUAUAAUAAAAACAAAGUUUAUUCUAUAUAAAAAAAAA